CGGUAUUGUCGGUCUAACUUUUUCAAAAAUUGGACCGAUAAAAAGUUUCAGGGUGCAUUUCUGGGGAACUGGUCCGGUAUUGCUAUGUUUAUGAAUGGUUAUACUAGGGAAAGCAUAAAAGCAGUAAUUACAGGGCUUCGAAAAACUGAAAAGAACAAGUUUAGGGCUGUUGAUAAAUAUAAAUCAACUAUUACCUGCACUUUAUGGUAUGAAACUACCACUAAGCAAGUGGUUAGAAGAGGGGACUCCAUAAGGAAAAUAAAAGGCACGGUAGUUCGUGUCAGCAAAAAUUGUUCGAGACGUGUAUAUAACAGGAUUUUCAGCAUAAGUUUCAGACGAUGUCCUAACUUCUCCGCCUUUUUAUCGUGGUAUGCAAAUAAGUCUAACUUAUCUGAUAAUUUUAUGCAAGCCAGAUUAGCUAAACAAGGAACUGUUGGCGUCUGCCAAACCAAUAUUCUUGUCAUAAUCUUACUGCAUCGAUUUAAGAAUCAAUGCGCACUUUAA